AUCAUAGAAGAGCUAGUUGGGGUAGCUUACUGCCAUCGCAAUAAGUGCUCUUUCCCGAGCCUGGACUCCCUAAGACAAGUUGUCCGAAGGGCAUAUUGUGCUUUUUUGUGCAAAAGCGUAGUAUUACAAAGCUGAGGAAGCUGAGGAGUUUUUAUAGGAGAGUUGUAGGAGGGUGAAGAAAUGGGCGACGGGAAUGCGGAAUGCAGGCUGAAGUUGGUAAAAGGGAAGCUACAAUUGCCCCUCCAUCCUCCAUCCCACUUCGACGAGCUUCGGGGAAAAUUAAAGUGGGUAAAGAUAAAGUGGAUAACGGUAAAGUGGAACCAAGCAUGUCUUAUCACUGGGGUAAUUCGUACCCCUGUAAAGUCCUAACGUAUUGAUAUUUACUUUGCCGAUUUCUCAAUUGGUUAUUUCAUCACCUAUUCAGCAGAGAGCUUCAAUUCUCCAUAUAUCACCGCGUAAAAGUUCCCAAGGCAUCAUGGCACCACCAGCAACGCAGUUCGAGCUCUCGCAACCGCCUAACGACGCCAUCUCGGCGCUCGCCUUUUCGCCAGAUUCGCCGUCGCGCUUGCUAGCUUCCUCCUGGGACAAGAACAUCUACCUGUACGACACGCUGCAGAACGGCGACGACGGGAGCCACGGCACCCUGCUGCGAACGUUUGAGAACCGCGCGCCGGUGUUGGACGUGUGCUUUGGGAGAGAUGGCAACGAGGCUUUCAGUGCCGGCAUGGAUUGGCAGGUCCGGCGCAUCGACCUUGAUAGCGGCGAGCAGGCUACCUUAAGCAAGCAUGCUGCGCCUGUGCGGAGGGUGGUAUAUAACAAAGAACACUCUCUACUCCUAUCCGCCUCCUGGGACAGUACCCUACACGUUCACGACCCGUCGAACCCUUCUCUCUCUCCUUUAAUUGUCCCUCUCCCCGGCAAGCCGCACGCAAUGGCUGCUAGCCCAUCCAAGGUGAUCGUGGCCAUGACAUCGCGACUAGUGCACAUCUACGACCUAUCCGCCCUUUCCAGCGCGCUAGCCUCGCAAUCUGGAGAACCACCGCAGCCAUGGCAACAGCGCGAAUCGUCCCUAAAAUUUCUGACGCGCGCCGUAGCUGCCAUGCCCUCUGAUGCCGGAUACGCGACGUCGUCGAUCGAGGGGCGCGUGGCGGUAGAAUGGUUCGACGCGAGCGCCGAGUCGCAAGCCCGCAAGUACGCCUUCAAAUGCCACCGCACGGCACAACCACAAGCCGACGGCAGCAGCACCGAUGUCGUUUACCCCGUCAACUCACUCGCCUUCCACCCCGUCCACGGCAGUACUUUUGCCAGCGGUGGCGGUGACGCCACCGUUGCCCUAUGGGAUGCUGAGGCCAAGCGCCGCAUGAAAGUAUACCAGAAGUUUGCAGACAGCGUCGCAGCCCUUGCAUUCAGCUCCGACGGGCGGUAUCUCGCCGUCGGUGUGUGUCCCGGUUUCGAGACGGGUAUGGAGGACUACAGCGGCGAGGGUCGUACCAAGAUAUUUGUGAGGGAGCUCGGCGAGAACGAAGCCUUACCUAAGGGCAAGGCAAAGUAGACAAGUAAUAACAGGCUAACCGAAAAUCCGAAAGAGUUGCAACAACGUAUAGCUGUAUCAUCUAUCUACUAAGAACUUUCUAGGGACCCGGAGCUGGCUGGCGUUAAGAGCGGAAGGGAACUUUGAAUUCUAUAAAAUGCAAUUUUCUAUUAUUUUAAGGUCAUACAAGUCCUCGGGUGAUCACUAUCU